UCCUUAUUAGGUUUAGAGGAUGAGUCAGGUGAACCAUUGCCACAUAUAAGCCAGACAGGCGAGAGGAUCUUUGGCUCUCUACUUGUUAAGAACUGCCCAAGUAGACAACAGAAACAUCGAUCAAUCAAUCAUGAAGCUCACCAUCACUGCAGGUUUGUGCAUGGUGCUCUUCCACGUGGGAGCAUCCAUGGACAUGGGCUGUUAUUUCACCAACUGGUCUCAGUACAGGCCUGGGACUGGGAAGUACUUGCCUGCUAACGUAGAUCCAUUCCUGUGCACCCACCUGUUCUACGCUUUUGCCAUGAUCAACCACGCCAAUGAGCUAGUGACCUAUGAGUGGAACGACGAGACGCUUUACGCAUCUUUCAACAACAUCAAGACUGUUAACCCGUCAGUUAAGACUCUGCUGGCUAUUGGAGGAUGGAAUUUUGGCUCAUCACAGUUCUCCAUCAUGGUGUCCACCCCUAGCAACCGCCAGAGGUUCAUCCAGUCCAGCAUCAGCUUUCUGAGGAAGUACGGCUUCGAUGGUAUGGACCUGGAUUGGGAGUACCCCGGCUCUCGAGGGAGCCCCCCGGAGGACAAGCAGAAAUUCACUCUCCUGUGCAGGGAGCUCGUUGAAGCUUACGAGGCUGAGGGCAAGGCCACUGGACGUCCCCGACUGUUGCUCAGUGCUGCAGUGGCUGCUGGGAAGGCCACCAUUGAUGCCGGCUAUGAAAUUGCAGAAAUUGCCAAGUCCCUGGACUUUAUCAAUAUUAUGACCUAUGAUUUCAAUGGUGCCUGGUCAACAAACACAGGCCACAACAGCCCACUCUACCGUGGGGAAUUUGACAGUGGUGAAUUCAUCUACUUCAACACCGACUAUGCUAUGACGUACUGGCGGGACCAGGGCACCCCACUGGAGAAGCUCAGAAUGGGCUUUGCUGUGUAUGGCCGCACCUUCCGCCUUACCUCACCUGAUAAUGGUGUCGGUGCUCCAGUCGGUGGUGCUGCAUCAGCCGGGACAUACACCCGAGAGGCCGGGUUCUGGGCAUACUAUGAGAUUUGUGGUUUCCUGAACGGUGCCAGUUUCAACUGGAUCGAAGAUCAGAAAGUUCCUUAUGCAGUGAAAGGCAAUGAAUGGGUUGGAUUUGACAACCAGGAAAGCUUUGACAUCAAGGUCCAAUAUCUGAAGGAACAGAAGUUUGGCGGUGCCUUCGUCUGGGCCCUCGACCUGGAUGACUUCAAUGGAGAGUUCUGCGGACAGGGAAAACAUCCUCUCAUGAAGCACCUGAACAAGAUUCUGGAAAUCAAGUUUCCUCCUCCUCCACCCACCACCCCACCCAAACCUGGACAAACAACCACCGCCACCACCACCACCACCACGACAACCACACGCAAACCCAGCCCUGGCUUCUGCAACGGAAAGCCUGAUGGCUUCUAUCCCGACCCAGAGAGCAAGUCCCACUUCUUUCAAUGUGAUAAAGGGGAAACUUACCCCAAACACUGCUCCUCUGGCACAGUUUAUGAUCCCACCUGCCAGUGCUGCAACUGGCCCUGAAAGCCAGGGACAGACACUAAAGGAGUACCACUAGAAUUGCUUUGAGAAUGUACGCUAUAUAAAUAUAUCACUAUUUGAGAAAAUUUCAUAGGAAUCUUAGUGAAAUCAUGCAUUGGUGCUGUCCAUUUUGUUGUGAACCUAGAGCAAUGUAGAGUUCUGUUUUGUGUUCAUGGUCUCAAUAUCUUAAAAAUGAAUUGUCCGUAAGAGCUGUAUAUUUGAUUCCAAAGAAAUAAAACAGUUUUUCCUACCUUUA